CUUGCUCAGAACGAGGUCCAGGCAUCGGAUGGGACACAAGAGGAUGCGCUUCGUCAAGACAUCCGUCGCCGCGUAGCAUUGCUUCGGAAAGAGUUAAGCGAAGUCAAUCAGUUGGCUGCGAAGAAGGCCGCUGCACUUUCCGACUGCACUUUGGAAUGCGCUCACUCAAACUCAUCGAGUGAUGUAGCCCUCGCUACAGGUCCACAGAAAGUUAAGCAGCCUAAAAACGAAUAA